GAGCCUGUGAACGCGGCGGUAGCUAUUGGCUGGUUCAAAACAGACCGUUAUAAGCUUUGAGGUUAAAAAACGGAGGGAAUUUGAAAUCACAACAACGUAUCUGCUGUGGCGUCAACAACAAACUCAGCUGUGUUGCGCUGGAAGUAGAGGAGUUUGGGAGUUGUCGCAGGUGAUAAUGGCCGAAAGCGACUCCAGCGAUUGUUCUGACCGCUACGAAUUCGACGCCCCGUCCCAUGUAGUGGACUUACAGGAGCUACAGAAUGCUGAGAAUGAGGACCACUGGUUUGAACAACAGACUGGUGGAGCAGACAGUCACCUCUUCACACCCCAGAUGCUCAGCCAAAAAUUUAUGAGAAACAAGAAAGUUGACCUCUCCACAGCUGUCUUAAGCCCCCAAGUCGAGACUAACGUGGACUCAGCUCCCUCCACACCAACCCCUCCAAACAUAGUCACAUCGUGGGGCCCUGGAGUUCCUGCUCAGGCAUCGCGGCCAAGAAGGACCACUGCACAACCACGCAGGGUAUCAAAACGUAAGGAGUCAGCACCUGUUGCAGUUGCACCACCGGUCAAGAAGCAUAAGCAGGGUCCAGCUGCCCACCCAGCUAGACGAUCCAGUACAGCCUCCCAAAAACAGCUGACUUCCAGAAAUGCCCCCAGGACCUGUGCAACAGUAGCUUCCACUAAUGCUAACACUGAGAUGAGUAGCUCUGAAGCACAGGAGCUGGAGAGGAUCAGGAACCUUCAGAAGGAAGUGGCCCUGCAGCGUAAGAGGAAUGAGGCCAGUUAUAAAGCUGCUCUAGCUGGAAAUCCACCACCGAAGAAGAUGGCCCUGUCCACCACUGUUCCCAAAGAGUUCCACUUCAGCACAGAUACUCGUAUGAAGACAACCUCUACAUCCAGUAGUGACCACAAGGAAGUAGACUUCAUUGCUCAGCUUCGCAAACCUGCUUCCCCAGCAAAAGCUUUGAGAGGAGCUACUGUGCCCAAACCCUUCAGCUUGUCGACAGGCAACAAGAAAAAUGUGGAGGAGCCAGCUGCCUAUGUCCCCAUGGCUGAGCAGAUUCAGCAGUUCUACAGACGAACCCCUGAACGCUACCAUUUGCGUAGUCGCCAGAGUCAAGAAAGAGGGCCCUCCCCAGUGAAGGGUGACCAUCUGAAACUCACCCAACCUCAUACCCCUCAGCUGAUGACCCGCCAACGGAACCGGCCCCCCACUGUCAAGAGCAGUGCUGAGCUGGAGGCUGAAGAGCUAGACAAACUGAAUAAGUUUAAGUUUAAGGCUCUGGAGCUUAACAGAAAGAUUUUGGAGAGCACUGCGUGUCUGAAAAAGCCAGCAGUGAAGGAGCCUACUGUACCUGAAGGCUUCGAGCUGCAGAUUGAGAAACGGCUUCAGGGGAGACUUGCCACCAAAAAGCCCCAGGAGGUUGAGGAGAAGCCACACACGUUCAAGUCUCAACCAGUGCCCAAAAAGAUCCUCGAGGGAGUUACGGGUUUGCCUGAGAAGAAAAUUGUGCAUCCAACGGUACCUGAGUCUCCAGCCUUUGCUCUCAAAAAGAGGAUUCGACUAGAACAUAAGCCUGAGGAAGUGAAGCCACCAUCAGUGGUCAGGGCUCCUCCUGUGCCUCACUUUGGCCUCCCGUUCCAGCCCCAGCUCCCAGAGAAACACCACAUAGACACGUGUCCCUUCUCCUUUGAAGAGAGGGAUAGAGAGAGCCGAGUGAUGAAAGAGAAGAGGCUGGAGGAGCAGAGGAAUGAAGAGGUGCCGAAGUUCAAGGCUCAGCCACUGCCAGACUUCACUUCUGUGGUCCUCCCUGAUAAGAAGAAACUGGAGCCCACCAAGCCUGACCCUUUCAGAUUGCUCAUUGACCAGCGGGGAGCUGUGAAGAGCCGUCGCUGGGGACAAAUGAUCCAACAAGAGAAGAAACAGCAGGAGGAAGCAACAGCUUUUAAAGCCAGACCCAACACUGUCACACACAAAGAGCCUUUCCAGCCCAAAAAGGAGGCCCGCACUGCAACUGCUGUACAGCCAUUUGAGCUGUCAACAGAGCACAGGGCCCAUGAGCGGCAGGAGUAUGAACGACUGGCCAAUGAAAAGGAGGCCCUCAGAGCGCUUAUGGAGGAGGAGCGGCGGAAGGAAGAGGAGCAGCAGGCCAAAGAGGAGAUCAUCAGACUGCGCCAGGAACAGGUCCACAAGGCUCAACCCAUCAGACACUAUAAAACAAUCAAACUGAAGAAGAGUGAAGUCCCUCUCACUGUCCCACAGUCUCCCAACUUCUCAGAUCGCUUCCGCUUGUGAUAGGAUUCUCACCAUUUUAUAAUGUAAUCUGUUAAUCUUAAUUUCAUUGUUUUUGAACUUUUAGUAAAUCUGUUACAUCAGUUCAACAAGUGACGCUGAAGCUCAGUAUGUGUCUGAUCUCACAGUAGACUUGGUCCACAAGGACAUCUAAACCCAAUGGUCAUGGUCAAAUUUUAUUUAUACAGCGUCAAUCAUAACAAAAGUUGUCAUGACACUUUACAUUUAGAGCUGCUGUAGACCAGACUCAUAAUAAGACAAUUCUGACACCCAACAGAAUCCUUGACCCAUCUACAACUCCAAAGAACAAACUGUUGGUACAGUGUAGAAAAUGGAAAUUACAAAUGAAAGCAGUGAUGAUAAAAUGUACUUUGCUUCUGUGUUUUGCUGUCAACAUUCAUAAACAUAUUUUAUGUUUUAUCUGGCUGCCUUCAUCUCAUCUCCAUUCAUUCCUCACAUUCAGACUGAACCACAUUCAAGGAAAAAGUUGGAAUGGAAGCAAUUUAGGACUAAUAAAUUAAAAUAAUGUGGUUUGAAACAUGGAAUUACAAUUUGGACUAAAAGCAGCUUCUGGGAUAGGUAAAAUUUUAAAAUCCAUGUUCCUCAAAGAUGAGAGGGGAUUUCCAUAUUUCAGCUUUUGUGGUGCAGAGCAGAAUGAAAGUUUUCAAGGAAUAGAAAUGUAUUUUGGUGUGUAAAGGUUCCAAUCCAAGUUGAACACUGAUCCCUUAGACACAAAGAACCAUCAUUCAUGUAGAGCUGAUAGUUUUAGGGAUCAUGAUUACUGUAGAGAACCU